AUGGCCCCCGGGAAGAAGAUCACGGCCCGGAUCAAGAGGACGCUGCCGGUGAAGGGCCCGCAGGCGCCGACGCUGAGCGAGCUGAUGCGGUGGUACUGCCUGAACACCAACACGCACGGCUGCCGGCGCAUCGUGGUGUCCCGCGGCCGCCUGCGCCGCUUCAUCUGGAUCCUGCUGACCCUGAGCGCCGUCGGGCUGAUCCUCUGGCAGUGCGCCGAGCUCCUCAUGAACUACUACAGCGCCUCGGUCUCUGUCACCGUCCAGUUCCAGAAGCUGCCCUUCCCCGCCGUCACCAUCUGCAACAUCAACCCCUACAAGUACAGUUCCAUGAAAGACUAUUUAUCUGAAUUGGACAAAGAGACAAAAAAAGCUUUGGAGACUUUCUACGGAUUCUCAGAGGGCAAGUCCAAGGUGCGCCGGUCAGCAGAUGAGUGGAACAGCACAGGGAGCGACUUCUUCAAACAGAUCCCUCUGCUGAAGUUUGAGGACUUCUCUAAGACAGCGACUGACCUUCGCAGUGGCCAUAAGAGGAAAAUAGAGGGCAGCGUCUUUCACAAGGAUUCGUCCAUAGUGAACUCUGGGGACUCAAAUGAUAUCAUCGGCUUUCAGCUGUGCGAUGCAAACAACAGCAGUGAGUGUGCACUUUAUACAUUCAGUUCUGGUGUUAAUGCUAUCCAAGAAUGGUACAAGCUGCAUUACAUGAACAUCAUGGCACAAAUUCCCCUGGAGACUAAAGAAAAAUUGAGUUAUUCUGCUGAUGACCUUCUCCUGACAUGUUUCUUUGAUGGCCUAUCUUGUGACAAAAGGCACUUCACUCGGUUCCAUCAUCCCCUGCACGGCAAUUGCUAUACCUUCAACAGUGGGGAAAACGGGACGAUCCUGAGCACCUCCACGGGAGGCAGCGAGUACGGAUUGCAGGUUGUUCUGUACAUAGAUGAAGCAGACUACAACCCCUUCCUGGUGACAUCCACAGGAGCCAAGAUCAUUGUCCAUGACCAGAAUGAAUAUCCCUUCAUUGAAGACAUUGGCACAGAAAUUGAGACCGCAGCAGCCACCUCCAUAGGGAUGCACUUUACUCGGUCUCGCAAGCUGAGCAAACCCUACAGUGACUGUACGGAGACUGGUGCUGACAUACCAGUAGAAAAUCUCUAUAACAAGAGCUACUCACUCCAGAUUUGCCUGCACUCCUGCUUUCAGAAGGCCAUGGUGGACUCGUGUGGCUGUGCCCAGUACGCGCAGCCCUUACCUGCUGGGGCAGAGUACUGCAACUACAAGAAGAACCCUAACUGGAUGUACUGCUACUACAGACUGCACGAAAAGUUUGUGAAGGAGCAGCUGGGCUGCCAGCAGAUCUGCAAAGAUGCCUGCAGCUUCAAGGAGUGGGCACUCACCACCAGCAUCGCCCAGUGGCCAUCUACCGUGUCAGAGGACUGGAUGCUUCGAGUUCUGUCUUGGGACAAAGGGCAAAAAAUCAACAAGAAGCUGAACAAGACAGACCUCGCAAACCUCAUGGUGUUUUACAAAGACCUGAAUGAGAGAUUCAUUUCGGAGAAUCCUGCCAACACACUCGUCAUUCUUCUUUCCAACUUCGGAGGCCAGCUGGGCCUUUGGAUGAGCUGCUCAGUCGUUUGCGUCAUUGAGAUCGUUGAGGUCUUCUUCAUUGAUUCACUUUCCAUCGUAAUGCGGCGCCAAUGGCAAAAGACAAAGAAAUGGUGGAACGACCGAAAAAGGGACCAGUCGGGGAAGCCACCGCAGGCCGGCAAUCUGGAGAGGCAGGGCCACGAUAACCCCAUCUGCAUCGAUGAGGACCUGCCCACCUUCAACACCGCCCUCCGCCUGCCGCUGCCCCAGGACAACCCCUUGCCCAGGACUCCCCCCCCCAAUUACAGCACUUUGCGGCUAGAGACUGCGUUCACAGAGCAGCUGUCCGACACGCUAGAGGUUGGGCAACACUGACGCUUAUUUAUCCACCCAUCCAGCUGCCAAAAUAAGAGGUGGGUGCUGGACCCACGUGUCCAGGCGUGAAAGGCACGCAUCCAAACGAGCACUGAA